AGGGAGAGAGACAGAGACAAAGUGAAAGAGAGUUGAGGGUGGAGAAGGGAGACGCAGGACUAAAUUUGCUGGGAACAUAAAACAACAAGAUGGAGUGUACUUCUUCUUUCUUGGGAGGGCGGUGUUCGCUAACACUCAGCAAGCUGUCCUGCUGAAGCAAACACAAGUCAAGUCUGCCUUGAGGACACUGUCAAUUUCUGCUAACCUGUGGGAGAACUUUUCACACUGAGCCACGUGAUGGGCCAUCACAGCGCCGCUUAAAGCAGACUACAUACGGUGCUGCUGUCAUCUUGCUUUUCUGCCUCUAAAUAUAAUCUGUGUGAACUGAAAAGGAAAUGAUCAAACAAUUAACAAAGGAGAGUUGAAGCUGAAACUGAGAGGGAAGGAGAAAGAAGCCCGAGCGGAGACUCUUACAGGCUGCACUGGGCCAACCUGUCCGUCACAGCCUCAAACGUACUCAUUACCAUCACUGAACUGUGAAAUUAAUGUUGUAAUAAUUGUUAUAAUACAACCAAUAACAGAUCAUAAGGACUCUUUACUGGAUUUUUCUGAGCCGUGGAAAUCUCACUUAUUCUGUCCUUGCUGCUCAUUAAUUAAAUCCACUACCUGGUUAUUCAACGUGAGUGUAGAACGGCACAGUACUAUUUUUGAAUGACCCGCUGCUUGCAUGAGUAUCCAGGAUUGCUUUUGACUUCGAAGAAGGACCCUUGAGCCCCUCAACCAUCUUCUGACUGUCUGCCCAACUAUAGCAUUUGGGUGUGGAGCGCUGGUUUUUAGAAUUAGGCCUCUGGACGCAUGUUGAAGAUGACUUGAGUUGGCAGGCCUAAAACCCCUUACCCCAGAGAGAGAAAGAGCUUGGUAGUACGACACGCACACAACACACAAAUGUGGGUGCCGAGGCGGCUUUGAGCCAUGCUGGUGUUGCUACUUGCGGAGCCCUGGAGUACAGGCUAUCACCAUCCCUAUCAUCAUUCACCCAAGCUGAGGAAGAUUCAACGGCCCCAAGGAGCGAGGCUACGCUUCUGAACGACUCAAAGAAGACUGGGAGACUGCGCUAACACACAGAGAGAUCCACAGCUACAUCCUCAAUCACACAGAUAGACACACUAAUACUUCUCUCCACAAAAUCCUGAUACAGGAAAACCAAAGCUGCGGCGGACGUGAAAAGCACAGAGACUAAGAAGGAGCUGUGUACCAACAUGGCAGCUGAGAGUCUUGCUGAGCUCCGCGAUUGGCUCUUUCUGCUCCUCCUGUGCCUCACCUUAUUGGCUGAGGUGCUGGAACUGGCGGCAGCGGCAAUUGCCAUGGAGACGGGCGAGGGAGAUGAGGGCAUUGUUUGUCCCUCAGUGUGCCGCUGUGAUGAGGGUUUUGUCUACUGCAACGAUCGAGGCCUCAGUAUAAUUCCACCACUACCGUUAAUGGCUGCCAUCCUCUACUUGCAAAGCAACCGGCUGAGUAACGCUGGGCUGCCUCCCUCCCUGGAACGCAGCACGUCCAUACGAGUGAUUUACCUGUAUGCCAACCAGCUGGAUGAAUUCCCUAUACACCUCCCGCCUUCGUUACGGGAGCUCCAUUUACAGGAUAACAAUAUACGAACGUUACCGAGAUCAGCUUUGGCCAAGUUACCAUUACUAGAACGUUUACACCUGGAUGAUAACUCUAUAUCCACAGUUAGCAUCCAGGAGCGAGCUUUUUCUGGGACUCCAAGGCUUCGACUGCUGUUUCUAUCUCGGAACCACCUGUCAAGCAUCCCUGCAGGCUUGCCAGCAUCCUUGGAGGAGUUGCGACUGGACGACAAUAGAAUCAGCACCAUCCCCACACAUGCUUUCCGUGGGCUCUCCUCCCUGCGACGCUUGGUCCUGGAUGGGAACUUGUUGGCCAACACACGCAUCGCAGAUGACACCUUUUCCCGUCUCUCCAACCUGACUGAGCUGUCACUGGUCAGGAAUGCCCUGCAGUCUCCACCAGUCAACCUACCGUCAGCUCACCUUGUGCGACUUCAUUUGCAAGACAACGGAAUGACUCACAUACCACGGGGGGCGCUGGAUGGGAUGCGGCGGCUACAGAGGCUGGACCUGUCAGGAAACAAUCUGACCAGUCUCCCACGAGGACUUCUGAAGGACACAGAAAGCCUGGAGCUGCUACUGUUGCGAGGAAACCCCUGGUUCUGUGGGUGCAACCUUCGCUGGCUCCACGCCUGGCUGCAUGGCCGGGGGGCAGCCGUGACAGUCAGGGGUCUGACCUGUCAGGGGCCUGAGCCUGUAAGGGGCCAGAUCCUCAGAGACCUAACCUCCCUGAUGGAGCAGUGUGAAGGUCCCCCUGCUGGUCCCAGUACUGGAAUGGGGGUGAACCCAGCAGAAAAGGAUGGAGGAGGUGAAGAUGGUGUUGGAGGGGGCCAAGCAGUGGCUUCAGUCCCCCAUGGCAGCACCACCACCACCUCUCUGCUGGUCCCCACACAAGGUUCCCUCUUCACCCUGCGAGCCAAGCGGCCAGGCCUUGUUAUGCCUCUGCCUCCCGGUGAAGGAGGACAGGUAACUGGAGAGGCCCUGGAGCUGACUGUAAAACCUCUUUCUUCGGACAGUGUACUGGUAAGUUGGCUGUGCCCACAGCCAGCACCCUCCUUCCGCCUGUCGUGGCUGAGGUUGGGUAGCAGUGCAGCUCUUGGUUCCAUAACAGAGACUCUGGUUCCUGGAGAGAGGAGGCAGUACCUCCUUACCCAGCUCACCCCACGCUCCCAUUACCUCAUCUGCUUGCUGCCACUACGUCAGGAGCCCUCCUUUGGGGGUUCCAGCAUGGGGUCAUCUCGAGUUGGCAGCAUGGACACGGACAGUAAAGACUCGUCCCCGGCCUGCGCACAGAUAGAGACUGGAGAUGCUCUGGUCAACUCAGGAGGGGAGGGGUCAGAUAAAGAGGGACAGGACUCUGAACUAACAGCCCUGCCAUUGGCUGGGAUCAUAGGGGGUGCCACAGCAUUGGUAAGCCUGCUGUUAAUCUUUGGCAUCUUCUGCUGGUAUGGACAGAGAGCAGGUUACAUGUCUGGGGACUCAGGCUCAUACAGCAGGGGCCGGGGUGGAAAACAUUAUGAUGACUAUGUAGAGUCAGGCACCAAGAAAGACACUUCAAUCUUAGAGAUCAGGGCCCCUCCUGCAGGGUUUCAGAUGACAGCUAUGGCCCAUCAGCCCCUGCAGCCUAAACUGGAGGAUGUCACCUACAUCCACACCAUCUUCCCCUCUUCUUCCUCUUCCUCCCAAGCUAAUGGGACCUACCGGAGCAGCCACGGAGCUGGCAGCCUCAAUGGCACCAUCCUCAGCCAAACCAGUCACCAUCAUGUCACUUAUGGUACCAACCGUGGCUACAGAGAGGGGGGCAUCCCUGACAUAGAUUAUGCCUACACGUGAUGACACAAUGACCCACUCCCUGAGUCAUGAAUGCCAGGCGCCACUUCUAUGAUGACGACACCUUGGCUGGUGGCAGUUUUGUCCUUGGUUUCCAAAGUACCCUCUGUGCCUCUGCUGGUUCUAUUCUGAUUGGUUUGCUAGGUAGAAAAGACUGAUUUCAGCUAUGUUGAUUGGACAUUGCUAUUGAGUGACAGAAGUAAGUCCUACUAUACUCUACUACUGUAUACUACAUUAUACAGUAGGCCCUUCUUUCAGCGCUACUUAUAGUUAUAAAUGGUUACGUUUUCUCUUUUGGAUAUCUCAGUGUCUUUCAAACCUACUGUUCUUCUCAGCUCAUAAUAAUACACAGUAACUUAUUUGAGGUUGAUAUACUAGGCUUAGCUGAUUUAGCAGGAGAUAUAUUUAUAAUAUGAGGAAAAGACACUUGAUGUGUAUAGAGAUAGCUCUCAUAUCUUCCUACCAACUGUAAGCUCUGUGCUGUAUAGAUAAAAGGGAUGACAGAGGGAGAAAUCAAUGGUUGUUAUAACCCACAGAUGACAAUGCAUCAUGGUUGACAUGAAAAGAUGUGUUCCAAGCCCCCUCUUUUUCCUCUAGUUUACUCCCCUUCUUUUUAAUUUUUCCUCCUUUCCGCCUCCUUUUUUUUUGGCUGAGGCUCUUUCCUUUUAUUUCUCUCGUGUCUUUUGUGGUGCCGUGAGCAGAGAACGACUUUGUUCUCGCCAAGGGAGCUGACAGCAGUGAUAACAGUUCUGACAGAGAUGGGAGACACAAACCACAGCAUAGGGAGACUAAUGAGAGGGGGAGAGAGAGAGAGAGCGAGAGAGUGGGGUGGUGGGGGUGAUGGAUAGAUGGAGGGAUAGAACAUAAAAUAAGACAGAGGGGGAAAGAGAGGGGUGCCGUUUUGGGCACUGAGAGAGGUGUGCUGGCUUAUGGCAGAGAGUGAGGACAGGAAAGAAGAGAAAAAAGGAAGAUAAGUGGAAAAAAGGGCGUGUGACAAAUGCAGCGGCAGGAGGUAAAAAAGCAGACAAAAGGAAAAGAAGAUGGGGGAUCAGGGGCGGGCGGGGUAAAGAAGAGGGGUGACAACUGGAAUAAUGUGACAUCGUCAUCCAAAAAAUGGCUCAAGUUUUACCCACAGUGUAUCCACUGCUGCACUCAGCAAAUAUCUGAGUGAUAAAAGACAGCACACCUCCUUCAAGGACAGACGUUUUCAGCUGCAUGUGAUCAUUACAAGUCAAAGUCUCAUUAAACAAUAUUUCUCGGGCAGUUUCCACCACAUGUAUUAUGUAUCUUCAUCCUAACAUGAACCCAUUUCCAUACCACAUAUCAUGAGUAUAGAAAUGUUUGUAGGACAACAUGAGGAAAAGAGGCAUGGCAAGACAAUCAGAGAAAGACAUAAAAAAGUAAAAUGACUGCCGCAACCACAGGACAAAUGACUGGCUUGAGAAGAACGGCUAUUAAAGAUCUCCCUCUUUCGAAAAAGUACUGCAUGUACCCAAUUUCUAUUGUGGUCUGGUCUCAUUAUUAAAUUACCUUUUCAAAUGAAGUGAAAAAAACCUAAUCAUACAUCUUAUAAUAGUAACCCAUUAUCCUCUAGAGCCUGGUUAAACCUUCUUAAUUGAAAAUAAGUUUUAGCAGCUAAUCAUUUUUUUGUGGAAGUCGGAACUACUCUGUCUAAUUACUAAGUUAAAAUUCACUCAUAAUAAUAUAUCUUUUCAAUUUUACUAAAAAAGUUGUAACUAUUUUGUUAUUUAAUGGAUAGAAUGGGCAAUAUGGAUAAAAAAAUCUAUCACAGUAUAUGUAAUUUUAUAUCUUGAGAUUGAUAUGUAUUGAGAUAUAGUACUUGCGAUAUAUUAAUUGGAAAACUGAUUAUAGAUACAAUUACCAAUGUCUGUUUUUUGACCCAGUAAAUUAAAAGCUGACAAACAAUAGUACUUCAACACAUUGAUGCAAAAAUCAUAGGAAAUUCCAACUAUGCCAUGAAGUAUUUAUGCUCUUUUAACUGAAACAGCGUAAUACAACCAGAUAUAUUAAACCAGAAAUAUUUAAGUGAUGGCUUCCACAGUAUAAUUGGUUUAGGGAAAAAUAACGGUUGACAAAUUUGUAGAGCUGAAAUGGAUUAGUCAAUUAAUCAAUCGAAAGAAAAUUCUGAAAUCUGCAACUUUUUUGAUGUACAAAAAAUCACUGAAUCACAUUUUCUAAGCAAAAAUACCAAAUAUUUCCUUGUUUCAACCUACCAAUUGUGAUUUUGCUGCAUUUCUUGUGAUAGUAAACUGAAAAUAUUUAUCACUUCAACUGGGUACAAAAUAUUUUGGCUGACCUUUUUAACUAUUGUCUGAUAUUCUAUCAACCAAAUUAGUAACAAAAUAAUUCAAAGAAUAAUUGGCACAUUAAUCAAUAAUGAAUCAAAUUUUGCAAAUGUGUAUUGUCAUCACGUUGCCCCACCCCACAAGAGGACAUUUUAAUUUGAAUAACUUUACCAACUGGUCUUGCAUUUUUAAAACAGUGGAAGUUGAUCUGAUGCAUUCUGUGAGGUAAAGUACAUUAGUUGACUCAGGUCAUCCAGUUUUAAUAGGCCUUAGUACAGCAUAGACACAGUUAUUGUAACAGGGAUCACAGCCUUACCGCUACACUGUGCAGUUCAACACACAAACUAACACAGCAAGAAGGAAGCGGCACCUGCUUUCUUGACUGCCUCUCACUGACCCCACUAAUAUACUUUAGGGAGGAGGAACUUCAAAGGAAAAUGCUAGCAAACAGCCAGAGAUUAAAAGAGGAAGAGGAGAGAGUAAAACGAGAAAAAUAAAGGGUGGAGGGGAGGAUGGGGAGGACUGAUAUACAUAUAGAGCCUGUGAGUUCUUAAACUCAUUCUUACUUUGAGUAGCUCUCUUUCUCUUUUCCAACCUGUGUUACUGUGUACCAGUAAUAUUGGAAGAGCUCCGGUGUGGGGUUUUAGGUUGUUGUUUUUUUCUGCAUUUGUUUUUGUUUUUCUCUCUUUUUUUUCGAGAGCACUGAAGCUUCCUUUCAUUCUGUGCAGAAAUCCUUUUUCCUUUAAAAAUGUCACCCUCAGAUGUGAUAAUGAAAACACUCUCAUGUAUAAACAUAAAAAUGGGUGCAAAAUGCUAUUCCAUUUAUUGGUCUGUCGUCUUUUUUUCUACACAGAUGAAUAAAGACUUCUAAAAGGAAAA